CUUCUCCACACUUCCACCACUUCAUCAGAUUAACAACCUUAAUUUUUCUUCUGUUCUGCGGUCUCAACAGACAGAACACAACACUCUUCAAAAAUGGCACACGCUUUGUCUUCUAAUCUGGCUCUUAACCUUCCUACAUCGAGGUAUCUUCUUCACUCCAGACCAACCCAGUUGAAGCCAGUGAAGUUCAUGGUCAUGGGGGAUGCAAGAGAAAAGCUUGACCACAUCCCAAAACCCAACAAGAACCACCAUCCUCUUCCCAAAAAGAAAGUUGCCCCUGCUGCACCCAUAGCAGGGUUGUGGGACAGGUUUCCUACGGCAAGAACAAUGCAAGAGAUGAUGGAGACGAUGGAGAGGAUGAUGGAGGACCCUUUUGCAUUUAGCACGCUUGAGUGGCCUUCGUCACCCUUACCGAGUGAGGGUGUGGGAGGGUACAGAAGAAGAGGAAGGGCACCAUGGGAGAUCAAAGAGGGAGAGAAUGAGUACAAGAUGAGGUUUGACAUGCCUGGGAUGAACAAAGAGGAUGUGAAAGUUUGGGUGGAGGAAAAGAUGCUUGUGGUUAAAGCAGAAAAGGCACCAAAGAAGAAAGAGAUUGUUCAACAGGAUCAACGGCCGAGGCAACCAGAAGAGGAAGAAGAAGAGGGAUGGUCUGCAAAGAGCUAUGGCAGGUAUAGCAGUAGGAUUGCUCUGCCCGACAAUGUGCAGUUUGAGAAUAUUAAGGCUGAGGUUAAGGAUGGUGUUCUCUACAUAGCCAUUCCCAAAGCUACUACUACUUACUCCAACAUCUUAGAUAUCCAAGUUCAAUGAUUCAUGUUUCUGUCUUCUAUACUAUACAGAGUUUUUUUUUUGGUUUCAACAACAGUUAAUUAUGUAGGUAUCUACGUAAGUUAUUUUAAUUUCUUGUAA